UUCGUGUCACGUACAACUCAUUCUGCUCCCAAUACCAGGAUGUCAAUGAAGGAGUUGGCUUGAAAAUAUCUGUAGAUGUUUCUGGACAUGCGCAGAUGGGAGAUGCCAUAUUGGAACGGGGGAGCAGCAGCAGCAGCAGCAGCAGCAGCUGAAAGACGUCGCUCGCGUUGCUUUUUCUCGGGCUCACGCGAACGAGGGAGAGGAAGAAGAGGAAGAGGGGGGAAAAAAAACCGGAGGGGGGUCUCGAGAAGGAGCGGCGACCCCAAAAAAAAAAAAAACUUGGACAGGGACGUUGGGGACAGUGAGAGAUGCAGUGAAGAAGAACUGAAACACCUCAGGUCUAAAGUUAACACUCACCAGGAAGAGGAUGCAGUCUCGCGCUCAGGAGCAGCCGCUGGCCCUCACGACGGUCAAGUCAUACAAUUCGACCAAUGGGAAGGAAGAGGAGGUGAACACAGAUUCCAUGGAGGAAGAGGCGGAGUUUAACUGGGAGGAGUACAUGGAGGAGACGGGGGCUGACGCCGCCCCUCACACCACCUUCAAACAUGUGGAGAUCAGCCUGCAGAGCAGCUUCCAGCCUGGUAUGAAGCUGGAAGUGGCCAAUAAGAGCAGCCCGGACACGUACUGGGUGGCCACCAUCAUCACCACGUGCGGCCAGCUGCUGCUGCUGCGCUUCAGCGGCUACGGCGAGGACCGCAAGGCCGACUUCUGGUGCGAUGUCAUGACGGCCGAGCUGCAUCCGGUGGGCUGGUGCACCCAGAACAACAAGACCCUCAUGCCCCCCGAAGAUAACAUUUACCUAAGAAAAGCCAUCAAGGAGAAAUACAGCGACUGGACGGAGUUCCUCGUUCAGGACCUGACCGGCUCCAGGACGGCGCCGGCCAACCUGCUGGAGGGGCCCCUGAGAGGUAAGAACACGGUGGAUCUGAUCGUCGAGGGCUCGGUCCUGGAGCUUCAGGACGUCUCGGAUCCCUUCCUGUACUGGCCCGUUACAGUCAUCCAGAACGUCGGAGGGAGACUCCGCCUGCGCUGUGCCGGUCUCUCUGAAGACCACCAGGCUCAGGACACCUGGUUUUUCUACCUGGACGUUCGACUCCGGCCCCUCGGCUGGGCCCUGGAGAACCGUCUGACCUUAGAACCGCCCAUAGAGUUUAGGUCACUGAAGAGCGCCCCCGACUGGCAGCAGGCUCUGGAGGACGCUCGACUUGUUGGACAGAAGAGUCCGCUGCCGCUGGAGGUGUUCAAGGACCACGCAGACCUGCCCACGCACUCCUUCAAGACGGGGAUGAAGCUGGAGAUGGUUUCUCCGUGGGAGCAGCUCAAGAUCUGCCCGGUUUCCGUCACCAAGGUCUACAAUGAGAUCUACUUCCAGGUCACGCUGGACGACCUCUCCGUUGAUGCUAAGCCGCGGUUUGUGGUGUGUCACGCCAACUCACCUGGCAUCCUGCCCGUCCAGUGGUGUCUGAAGAAUGGCUUGGGUCCGGAGAGGCCCUGCGGCUACGAGGGCCAGGACUUCGACUGGGCCGACUACCUGAAGCAGAGCGGGACCGAAGCGGCUCCCGAUGCCUGCUUCCCCGACACAUGGCAGGACAGAGGCUUUGCCAAGGACAUGUGGCUGGAGGCGGUGAACCCUCACCGGCCGGUGGAGGUGUGUGUGGCUCAGAUCACACAGGUCAGAGGACGCCUGCUGUGGCUCAGACUGGAAGGUGUGGCGAAGCCCCUGUCAGAGUGUAUCGUGGACGUCGAGUCCAUGGACAUCUUCCCCGUCGGCUGGUGCGAGGCCAACGCUUACCCUCUGACCCCACCACUCAAACCUGUCUGCCAGAAGCAGAAGAAGAUAGCGGUGGUCCAGCCAGAGAAACAGUUGGCUCCGUCCCAACCGGUAGAGAUUACCCCCGUCAACCACUGCCAGCCCGUCGCCAUGGAUCCAGGCUCAGCCAAUGGCAGAUACUGCUGCUCCAAGAUUUUUGUAAACCACCGCUGUUUCUCAGGACCCUACCUCAACAAGGGACGUAUUGCAGAGCUGCCGCAGGCCGUCGGACCCGGAAAAUGCACGCUGGUCCUCAAAGAGCUGCUGAGCAUGCUGAUCAACGCCGCCUACAAGCCCGGACGAGUCCUGAAGGAGCUGCAGGAGCUGGAGGAUCAGAGCUGGGACUGCCAAGAGGAGACCCUCAAAGCCAAAUAUAAAGGGAAAACCUAUCGAUCCACCAUCCGGAUCGUCCGCCUGGCAGACCAGAUCCCGGACUUCUGCCGCAAGGUGUGCGUGAAGCUGCAGUGCUGCCCGAACCUCUUCAGCCCCGUCCUCGUCGCCGACAAGUGCCCGGAGAACUGCUCCGUUCAGACAAAAACCAAAUACACCCAUUACUAUGGCAAGAAGAGGAAGCUGUCCAAGCCGAUGGGAGGAGAGGAGGCAGCAGAGGGAGAGCUGGCCAAGCCGACGCGCCGCAGGAAGAAGAGGAAAGCUAUCUUUGUGCAGAAGAAGAGACGCUCCUCUGCUGUGGACUACACUCCUGCCGGCUCACCGCAGGACAGCGAUGAGGGAGAGGAGGAUGAGGAGAUGGCGUUGCAGUCGGGCAGCGAGGGCAACAGCUCGGAGCCUCGGGAGGACCACACCGACGCCUCCUCCGUGGAGGUGACCAGCAGCCGUCCGCGCAGGGCCGCGACGCUGCGCAGGGCCGUCAGCUUGGGAAACGCCAUGGGCAGCCAGGAGGCCCCCGAGGGCCGCAGGAGGUCGACUCGCUCGCUGUCAGCCUACAACCAGAACAACAACAAGUACCAGCCGCCCAAAAGACAAGACAUGCAGGUGGAGGAGGAGGAGGGUCAGCUGGUUUUGGACAGGAACCCCCUGGAGUGGACUGUAGAUGAAGUCGUUCAGUUUAUCAACUCUACUGACUGUGCGUCUCUGGCCAACAUCUUCCAGGAACAGGACAUCGACGGUCAGGCCCUGCUGUUGCUGACUCUGCCAACCGUCCAGGAAUGCAUGGACCUGAAGCUCGGUCCCGCCAUCAAGCUGUGUCACCAGAUCGAGCGCGUCAAGGUCGCCUUCUACAGACAGUACGCCAACUGAUCGAGGAGCAGCGGCGGCGGCAACAGCAAGUCACCCACCGAACAGCCGCUCAGUCAAGAGGGAAGUUGUGUUUAUGCGCGACGUGGACGUGUUGGAUUAGCUCUGCUUCCUGGUGGGGAGACUUUGGCCGUCUGGCAAUGUGGAGUUUUUUGAGGAUUGCCAAUUUGCAAGAAGGAGAAGGAAUAUAUAUAUAUAUAUUUUUUAGAGCGGUUGCAUCGGAAAAAGCAUAAACUAAGCAACAACAAAGUGGAUUCUGGAGGAUGUUUGCCUACGAGGAGUUAGUUGAAGGAUUCAUUUCUGGGGCACUGUUGGUGUGAAAAUGCGAUGCAGUGCCCACAUAAACUUCAAAGAAAACACAUCGGAGUGAACCCAUGUGCUUUUACUGAUCUGUGAAGGUUAUUUUGAGAAGCUGAGGACUUUUUAUGUUUUAUUUCUUACUUUUCAUUCCCAUUUUAUUUGUGACAGAGGAGCAGUAUAGCAUUUAAGUUAAAAUAAUUAUUGACCAUAACGAAUUUUCCCCUUUGUGUGUGACAUAAUUGGUUCUGAAAAAAAUAUAUUUGAAAAGUAUUUAACAACCCAAGAAGUAAUAUAUUUGGAAUAUUUAUUGUAAUCCUUCUUUAUAAGGAGUAAUCUAUCUGUUUGGAUGCAGAGAGAACAAUUGAAGAGUUAUAAUGUCAACAUCCACUCCUUCUCCACUGAAACAAACCGUUAAGUAUGUAUACACUAUUUCACACACAGAAACCACAAUCCGCAUUUGUUCAGAUUCUCACAGCAGUUUCUGAUCAUUGGGGGGGGGGGCAAAGGUGUCCCACGCGUUGUUUGACAGUAUAACACACUCCAAAAUACUUUGAACCCAGUCGUGCUAACUUCUCAUUGUUACAAUCACAGGAAACAAUCAUGUAAGCUAUUUUGUGUCCAUCUAUGCAAAGGUGUUUCAGAUAUUUUUGAUAAGUAAGAAAAUAAAUUUCUAUUGAUUUUUAUCUCUUUGUCUUGCACUUUCCUUCUGUUUU